AGAUAACUGUUAUGAAUUGGCACUAUAUAAAAAUAAUAAAAUUGAAUUAAAAACAGCACAUAUUUUUUAAACAGAGGUCCGAUCAUUCUCCAAACAACAAAUACCUUGAAAAAUAUGAUAAGGAUUAUAUGAUUCGAUCAAAUGCUAUCUAACUCCAUCCCGAUACAGUGUUUAGGUAACCUGCCCUGUUUCUAUUGGAGGACAGAGCAUCAGGAUCCUCUCUGUUAUCCCCCCCCUAUCUCUCUCUCUCUCUCCUGCUGUGUAUCUGCGCUUUUCACUCUUUGAGCGCUCCACAGAGGCAGACGGUCUAACUGAUCCUGAUCCACCUUAAGAGAUCAGCUGCUGUACAAAUACUUUGGUUCAGGACCUGUGGAUGAAAAAGGGGCCAGACCCCAUGUCUGGAUUUGAGAGUCUCUCAGAGAUGCUGAAUCCAGUGCUUUUGGAAAUCACGCAGCAGUAAAGGGCUGAACUUUGAGAGACUUGAAUAAGCAGCGCAUCAGCAGAAAAAGUGUGGAGAGGAGAGGGAAGGGGACGCCGAGGGGAGGGGGGUUCUGCUUUCAAAAGUUCAUUAACAUUACCAACAAAGUGUAGCUCCGCUACAUUUUUUCCUUUAAAGGGUUCCCUCUCCAGCCAGCAAAAUUCCGCCCAAAAGCAGACAACAGGAUCGUCCUGCGCUGACGCGGCUGGUCGGCAGGAAGCGGCUGGUGGCGGCGGGGGUCCUGGGGGUCGUUAUGGUUCUGGUUUUGGUCAUCCUCAUCCCGGUUCUGGUCAACUCAGCGGGGACGGCGGCGCACUACGAGAUGCUCGGUACCUGUAGGAUGGUGUGCGACCCGUACGGCACCAAAUCUCCGACCAGCACCGCCACGGCGGGCACGGUCCGAGACAACAGCCUCGUGCAGUCUUUACCCACUUUUAUCCAAGGUCCGAAGGGGGAACCAGGUCGUCCAGGUAAGGCAGGUCCGAGAGGACCUCCCGGUGAGCCGGGACCGCCCGGUCCGGCGGGGCCACCUGGAGAAAAAGGUGAACCGGGCAGACCUGGUUUACCAGGACCUCCGGGACCCAGCGCAGCUGCCGGUGCAAUAAGCGCGGCCACCUACAGCACCGUGCCCAAGAUUGCCUUUUACGCAGGGCUGAAAAAGCAACACGAGGGCUACGAGCUGCUCAAGUUCGACGACGUGGUGACCAACCUGGGAAACCACUACGAUCCGACCAGCGGGAAGUUCACGUGCUCCAUCCCCGGGAUUUACUUCUUCACCUACCACGUCCUGAUGCGCGGAGGGGACGGCACGAGCAUGUGGGCUGAUCUGUGCAAAAACAACCAGGUGCGUGCCAGUGCCAUAGCCCAGGAUGCGGACCAGAACUAUGACUAUGCCAGUAAUAGCGCUGUGCUGCAUUUGGAGCCAGGAGACGAGGUCUACAUUAAACUAGACGGAGGCAAAGCUCAUGGAGGCAACAACAAUAAGUACAGCACCUUCUCUGGAUUCAUCAUCUACGCUGACUAGACAACAACAAAUUCGUGCCCUCAGCUAUUACAGGCCCCGUGGCCCAGUCCUUCUACAAAUCUUCCCUCUACGAAUAAGAUGCUCAGACUUACUCUUUUAAACAUGUGGAAAAACCAAUUUAAAUCAGCCUUCAUAACCUGCAUAUUAUAUUAUUUUCUAUAUUCUGCCAUCAUCAUGUCCUCAGUGCAAGUGACUGAACAAUAACAUCAAUGAAAUGGUUGAAUUGUCACAGUGUGGGAUCAAACCAUAUUCUGCCUUUAUACCAUUAUGUCACUUGAAUUUACAGCUGAUGUGUUUAUGUUAAUGUAGUCCUAGUGAUGGUGGCAAAGAGAGGGAGCAGGUGUAUGCGUGCAUUGGGAGGUGGGCAGAAUGGACAGAUAGAGAUCCUUCCCUUUUAAAUCUGAUUGGGCCUGUCAACAAAUCAAACACAUUUAAAUCAAGAAAGGAAAAUCUAAGAGAAAGUAGUAAAGAGGAAAUCAAAUGGAAAUUCAGCAGCUAGUAGGUAGUUCUAAAGUCAGUUACUAUCAAGUAAUUGACUUUGUGCAAUACCUAGUAAAAUUAUAAAACCGUAUUCAUGGUGAUAAUUAAAGCCAUCACUCAGUGUGUGUAUUUAUGUUCUUUGUUUUCUUUCUUUCUUUUUUGAUAUCAUGCUGUGAAGAUAGCAAGGAAAAGCUGGUAACACUUGAAGUGCAUUAUGAUAUACUGACAACAUAUUACAUUUGCUAUUAUAAACAUAAUUGCUUUUUUCAUAGAAUAGAAUCAUCAAUAAAAUAAUUAUUUGUAAUUAUAUGUAAUCAAUUAACACUUACCUUUGAAAGUAUAUGAGCCUUUACACUUUUUAUGCAAUCCGUUUAUUUUCUCUUGUUCUGAUUUUAAUAUUAUUAUAAUUAUCUAAUAAUGUGGUGAUUCCUCAUCAAUGGUUUGUACCACCACUUCCACUAAAGUGUUAAUCAAAUGCUUUCAUAAGUUUCUGCAAGGAUUUUACACAUUUGACAAGUAUUAAGCCUGUCCAGAAAAGAGCAGAAACACUGUUGCUUAAACCUUACUCACACAAACUUGGCAUGGAAAUAUUUGUUGAUUUAUGUCAAGCUUUACAGAGGGAGAAUGUUUGGUAAAAAUAAAUCUGAAAACAUGAUUGUAA